AUAAAGGCGCUUCUUUGUCACAUAAAUUGACAAUAAUUGAUCCGAAAGAAUAGCGCGAAAGUUUCGUUCGACAGGUGGUCGAAAGUGCUCGAUCACGAUCGCGGCGCGUCUAUCGCUUUUCAUACUCUUUCCAAUGGACGUUCCCCUUUUCCCGGCACCACCGGUCUUUGGUGGCGCCUCGACGUCCAUCAAUGACGUCCGCGACGUCGCCUCGUCUGACGUGGUGACGCACCGGAAAGGAGAACGACAUGCAGCAGCCGUCACAGGGAAUGCUGCUUCAUCUUUGGGAUUUGGAAAAAUUCCCGUUGUUCGCGGGAAAGGAUAUCGUCGUAAUCUUGUUCAUCCGAAGAGAACGAAGAUUACGAAAAAGGCGCAUCGACGUCACGUUAUCACCGAACUUCGCGUAAGAAUGACCGAACCUCGAGAUAAGGACGAAGACGAAGAGGACGACGACGACGUUGUUAUCUGCGCCGAUGCUUCGACCGUACCAUCGGAAGCUCCGUCUUGGGUACAAAACAGCGUACAUCGCAAUAAAGCAACGAAAUCUAUAGCGCUACAAACGGCAGUAAGGAUACCUUUACGACUAAAAUUUUUACCGUCUCUCGGGGAUAUCGUCGACGAAAAUGAUCCUGCGUCUGCCAAUUCAAAAUCAUCCAUCAUUUGGAAACAUAUAAGAUUUCUGGGACGCCUGACGCUCUCUCAAUUCGGACUCGUCUGGUUAUUGAGCAUAUGGGCAAUAGCCGGAGCCGCAGCCUUUUGCGCAACGGAAGGACCACGCGAGCGUGACCAGGUCCUAGAAUUGAAGGAUAUGCAGAAAGAUCUAGCGGUCGGCUUAGCCACCGAAUUACGUCAGCUACGUACGGAGAAAGAGGAAGAUAUGGAGCCCCUAUGGAGUGACAAGGUGCGUCAGUAUGUUGCAAAACACGAGCAGCUCCUUCUCGCAGCUGUAAACUCUGGAUAUGGUGAAACCAACGACGGUGGUCAACUUUGGACCUUCCCCGGUUGCGUGCUCUUCGCUGUAUCGCUUCUCACCACUCUGGGUUUUGGAGCACCGGUUCCUCGUACGAAUGCUGGCCGUACCGUGGCCAUCGUAUUUGCAGCCAUUGGCAUUCCAGCACAUUUCCUCUUAAUCAUGAACGUCGGUAUUUUGCUAGCAGUCCGACUGCAAAAGUAUGCCAUUAGGAAAACGUCCAAUAAGGACUUACAACAGGAUCCCACGGAAAUUUGUUGUUCACCGCCAACAAUACCUAAGUGGGUCAAACUCGUUCCCUUCGUUUGUAUCGGUGGUUAUUACGUCAUCGGGGUUUUAUGUUUCGGCAUAGCCAGAUCAAGACCAUUAGCGACGAGCGUCUUAUUCCCUUUAGAUUUCACAGCGGCCGGUGGACUUUCGACAACGCACGGUUAUGUGCGCGUAUUUUAUGCCAUAUAUUUGGAAGGUGCCGUCAUUAUAGCAGCCGUAGCGGUCGCCGUUGUUAGAGUAUCGGCUACUCAAAGUUUGACCAAUAUCGGUCUAAGGUAUGGUUUACUCACUGAAGCCUGAUUAAUGGAAAAGUAUACCCCCUUCGAUCGAAUCCAUUCGCGCGUAUCGCAUACUAAAUAUAUCCUUGACGAUUCUGUAAGAAUUCUUUCGGAUUAUCUCUUUUUUUCGAGAACCGAAUGAUGGAUAUACCGUUAGACUCAUAUACGGUGACUCAUUGAUCCUUAAUUUAUUAAUAAAAACAAACAUAUUUAAUUUACUUGUACCUUACAAGUUUAAUCCGAAUUAAUAAAAUUUUCAUUUCUACGUCA